CCCGGGCUGGCCAGGGCUCCUAAGCUGAGGAGCCGUGGCUGCCGGCUGGGUAGGGGCGGCGAGGGCUCAGCCGUGCUCGGGCAGCUUCCCGGCUGGAUUCCUGGCCUGAGGGCAGUGAAAGGGCGGGUGUGCUCGCUUAUUUGGCUUACUUGGCGUACUUGGUGGUGUUUCCCUGGGCCCGUGCUGAGCGUGCUCGUGUGUGGAGGCAGUGGGACCGGCAGCAGCUCCCGCCCGCUCCGCGCUGAGGCGAGCACGCACCCGAGUGCCAGAUCCAUUGGCAAGUGCUUGGAUACACCUCCAGCUUCAGGCAUGGGCACGAAGUAUUUUGUGUCUGUUCCAGUGUCAGUGAUGGAGGCCCCCACCCUCAGCACAGUGCACCUGAGUGAUUGGCAGGGAAGUUACUUUGCUGUCACCUCUGGCACCUGCACACCCGGACAGAAGGCAGAUGGAUACCGUGCCAAGAUCCUGCGUAUUCAGUAUGCAUGGGCAAACUCCGAGAUCUCCCAGGUCUGUGCUGCCAACCUGUUUAAGAAGUACGCAGAGAAAUACUCUGCGAUUAUUGACUCUGGCAAUGCAGAGACGGGCUUGAAUAACUAUGCGGAAAACAUUUUGACUUUGGCAAAAUGUCAGCAAAGUGACAGUGACAAGUGGCAAUCUGCCUUGACAACAGAUAAUGUGUUUGAAUUAAAGUGUGUGCAAGACAGAAUGCAGGCUGGCAAAAUUUUCCAGAGCUCUCAGAUGGCACCGACAGAUGCCCAUGUACGAGCUGAUAAAGGGGUCAGUGCCUCCGCUGCUCCGGCUCUUCCCAAACUCGGUGUCUUCAGCAGUACUGGGGAGACUGAGCUCAGUGCUGGCUCAGCAAAAUGUGCAAGUCAGGGACCAGAUCUUCUUGGGCAUCCCUCAUCUUCCAAGUCCCUUCAAAGCAGUGUGCCUCCUGUGACCAGAACUUCAGACACACUUCCUGGCACUUCAGCCUCCUUAGGCAAAGAGGUUCAUCCAGGCUUCCAGGCAACUCCACUCUUUGGAAGUAAGGAAGUCACUAAUAGCAAUUCUCUGAAAAUGUCAGGUAACUGUUGUGAUGGACAAAAUUUGUCUCUUUUCAACCAGUCAGCUGUAUCUGCCUGGUCUGCAAAUUCUGGGAAAAGGAAAGCAUUCUAUGGUCUGGCUGAUGAAGGCAGCACAGCUAUUCCUAGCCUUGCUCCAUGUCAGGCUUCCAUUUCUACAGGAACUAGUGGUUUUUCAGGGCAAAGAAACAGAAAUGAAGAGAGCGGUGCCCCUGGCUUUAAAACUGCAAAGGAACAGCUGUGGAUGGAUCAGCAAAAGAAAUUUCAAAACCAGCGUGGACCAGUCUCGUCAUAUGGAGGUGUAAAAAAAUCCUUGGGUGCAGGCAGGUCUCGGGGUCCAUUUGGCAAGUUUGUGCCUCCAGUUCCCAAACAAGAUGGAAAUGAAAAUGGAGGAGCACAGUGUAAACCUCAUGUAGAGGAAUCAGCAGACCUUUUGCUGCCUGUGGAUGAACGGCUGAAAAAUAUAGAACCAAAAAUGGUUGAACUCAUCAUGCAUGAGAUCAUGGACCACGGGCCUCCGGUCAGCUGGGACGACAUUGCUGGAGUUGAAUUUGCAAAAGCUACUAUAAAAGAAAUAGUGGUGUGGCCCAUGCUGAGACCAGACAUCUUCACCGGCUUGCGUGGUCCCCCGAAAGGAAUUCUUCUCUUUGGCCCCCCUGGGACUGGCAAGACCCUCAUAGGCAAGUGCAUCGCGUGCCAGUCUGGAGCAACUUUUUUUAGCAUCAGUGCUUCCUCUCUGACUUCCAAAUGGGUGGGUGAGGGGGAGAAGAUGGUCCGUGCACUGUUUGCUGUGGCACGGUGUCAGCAGCCAGCAGUGAUUUUCAUCGAUGAGAUCGAUUCCCUGUUGUCCCAGCGUGGAGAGGGGGAGCACGAGUCGUCCAGGAGAAUAAAAACUGAAUUUCUGGUGCAGUUAGAUGGGGCAACAACCUCUUCUGAAGAUCGUAUUCUAGUGGUUGGAGCAACAAAUCGACCCCAGGAAAUUGAUGAAGCUGCCCGAAGGAGACUGGUGAAGAGACUGUACAUUCCUCUCCCAGAAGCCUCUGCUAGGAAGCAGAUUGUCACCCGCCUGAUGGCAAAGGAGCACUGCUCUCUAAAUGAAGAGGAAAUCAAACUCAUAGUCCAGAAAUCCAAUGGGUUUUCUGGGGCAGACAUGACACAGCUCUGUCGGGAAGCUUCUCUGGGCCCUAUCCGCAGUCUGCAGUCCACGGACAUUGCAACCAUCACUCCGGACCAGGUACGGCCCAUUUCUUUCCUGGACUUUGAGAGUGCCCUGAAAACGGUGCGGCCCAGUGUGUCCCCAAAGGACCUGGAACUCUAUGAAACCUGGAACCAGACAUUUGGCUGUGGCAGAUGAGCUGCAUCACAGCUCUUUCACAGGAACCACCUAGGACUUCAGCACUGCCACGUAUUAAACCUGUGGCAAUUUAGUGCAUCUGCACUUUGUUUUGUUUCUGUCCUGGAAUUAAACCUCCUUAUGUUAUGCAGGCAGAGGUCCAGGCUCUUGCUGAGGCUGAAAAGACCAUGAGAAACUGCUGGUCUUGAUAGAAGAAAUUGCUGAACAGCAGUGGCAUUGAGAGGCUGACAGAAUUUACAGAUUACUGAGAGAUGGACAAAUUUCACUGAUGUUUAAGGGGAAGAUAUCAAACCUCACAAAUAAUUGCAAGGAAUAUUGAGGAAAUCUUGCAAGGUCCACUGUGCUGUAUCAGUAAGGGAUUCAAGUAGUAGCCGAAAUACCGAUUUUGGGUAAGGGUAUGGCAAAACUGGGAUGGAUGAGGAAGAAUAAUUAGAGGUGCCCUGUUUGGGAGGAGACAAGGGCAGAGGUGGAUGUGGACCCAUAAGGAAAAAUGGAAAUGCUCUUGUCUGCCUUUUGACUCAUCACUGCAGUCAAUCUCAGCUUCUCAUUAAAUUUUUUUUCUGAUGAUUUUCUGCUUGACCUUGCUUUCUGUGCUA